CGAAUAUCCUUCCGUCCAAAUUUUAUAUCAAUCGCUGAAUUUUGGGCUUGCUUUUAUAUUAUUUAUAUUCUUUGGACCCAAUUCAUGCCUGGCUUAAGCUCAAUUCUCCCAAUAAUUUUUUUAUUAACAACAUUUGGUUAAAUUCAGUAUGAGCCUGGCCCCAACUCCGAAUCUGGAUGGCACAGAGUCGGAUCGGCCGGCCUGGCUAGCACCAUAGUCUAGAAUCUCUAGAUUGUUUGAAAUUGCGGCAUUUAGCGCAAGCCUUUGCGUCAUGUGUUAGGAUACUCACAUCAUCUCACCUACCACCACUGACUGUCACCUGUCGGUCAAAUUAUCCGAAAUGAUAAUGAUAACCCAACAUCUUGUUGGGACAGAAUUUCCCUCCCUGCUUAUAAAUACUAGGAAGUAGCAACCGCUUUUGGCAGAGAGUAGGAGAGUGUUAAGGGAAGAUGGGUAGUGUAAGGAGGAUGAAGCUGGGCUCACAGGGCCUAGAGGUUUCAGCUCAGGGACUUGGGUGCAUGGGCAUGUCCGCCUUCUAUGGCCCUCCCAAGCCGGAAGAAGACAUGAUCGCUCUCAUUCACCACGCCGUCAACAGCGGCAUCACCUUGCUCGACACCUCCGACAUGUACGGCCCCUUCACGAAUGAAAUCCUUCUCGGCAAGGCUCUCAAAGGAGGAGUGAGGGAGAAAGUUGAAUUGGCUUCCAAAUUCGGGAUUAUAUAUGCGGACGGGAAGCGGGAUGUGCGCGGCGACCCGGCGUACGUGAGGGCGGCGUGCGAGGCGAGCUUGAAGAGGCUGGAGGUUGAUUGUAUUGAUCUCUAUUACCAGCAUCGCAUCGACACUCGUGUGCCCAUUGAAGUCACGAUAGGAGAACUCAAGAAACUAGUUGAAGAGGGUAAAAUAAAGUACAUAGGUCUGUCUGAGGCCUCUGCUUCAACAAUCAGAAGAGCACAUGCAGUUCAUCCCAUAACAGCUGUGCAGUUGGAGUGGUCCUUGUGGACAAGAGAUGUAGAGGAAGAGAUAGUCCCUACUUGCAGAGAACUUGGCAUCGGGAUCGUUGCAUAUAGCCCUCUAGGACGUGGAUUCUUUUCUUCAGGGACCAAGUUGAUUGAGAACUUGUCAAACAAUGACUUCAGAAAGAACCUACCAAGGUUCCAGCCAGAGAAUCUUGGGCAUAAUAAAAUCCUUUAUGAGAGGGUUAGUGAAAUUGCGACAAGGAAGGGAUGCACUCCAUCACAGCUAGCACUGGCCUGGGUCCAUCACCAGGGCGAUGAUGUGUGUCCCAUACCGGGAACUACCAAGAUUGAAAACCUCAAACAAAACAUUGGGGCUUUGUCAGUGAAACUAACUCCAGAAGAAAUGGCUGAACUAGAAUCCAUUGCUUCAGCAGAUGGUGUUAAGGGUGAUAGAUAUGAGAGCACUGCAUUUACAUGGAAGACAGCAGACACUCCACCCCUUGAUUCCUGGAAAGCUUGAAAGAGGCAUGAUCCUUGCAGACUUGCAGUACAAUUAAAGUAACUCCUUAUUGCCUCGGAAACUCGUAUGUAUUUGCAUUUUAUGUGUUUUUGGAGUGUUGAGAAACUAUGGAGUUCCUAGAGGUUACUGCAUCAUAGAGAGUGUUUUGUGUGAGGCAGUGUGUUUUUAUGAUUUUCUGAGGAUCAUAAUACUAAAGUUUUAAUAAAAAGGAGUUGAAUAAA